GAACAGGGAGAAUCGGAGGAAGUCAAAGAACUCUCUCUCUGUUUCUCUCGCACAGCCUUGCGUUUCAGCUCGCCGGAAAAUCAUGAGCUCACUUUCAAUUGCAGAUAAAGCAAUUACCAAACAAAUUUCAUAUCUCUCUUUUCAUUUUUUUUUUUUUUUUUUUCCUUCCGUUUUUUAAUGUGGAAUUGCUUCAUUGAUUUCUGAAUUUCAUUUCGUUUCCGGUCGGUUUAUAAGGGCUUUACCAAGUCACUCGCCAUGACGGUGCUAUCGGAGAUUGGCGACAAGACGUUCUUUGCCGCCGCAAUAUUGGCAAUGCGCCAUCCAAGGAGACUUGUCUUAUCAGGAUGCCUGGCAGCUUUAAUUGUGAUGACUAUUCUCUCUGCUGUUGUUGGCUGGGCUGCUCCAAAUAUGAUCUCUCGCAAAUGGACUCAUCACAUAACAACAUUGUUGUUCUUUGGAUUUGGGCUAUUUUCUUUUUGGGAUGGAAUUAAGGAGGGAGGGGAGGCUGCGGAAUUGGCUGAAGUUGAAGCGAAAUUGGAUGCUGAUUGGAAGGAGAACACAAGAACAACCAAAGAGGCCAAUAAGGCCAAAGAUGAACUGAAAAAGAAGCAGCGGCCAUUUCUGACACAGUUCUUUUCUCCCAUAUUUUUGAAGGCAUUUUCCAUAACAUUUUUUGGUGAAUGGGGGGACAAGAGCCAGUUAGCUACAAUUGGAUUGGCUGCUGAUGAGAAUCCCUUUGGUGUGGUUCUUGGUGGAAUUGUAGGACAAGCACUAUGUACCACUGCUGCUGUCCUUGGAGGAAAAAGCUUGGCAUCUCAGAUAUCUGAAAAAUUUGUUGCUAUAUCAGGCGGAGUUCUCUUCAUUGUUUUUGGCAUCCAAUCCUUCCUCUCACCAGCUUAGUCAUGAUGACCACUAACCCACUAAUGGUAGGUGCUCGUUCACUGGAUUGAAUGUUUAUAUCUUGGUAACAUAGUCUAUGGUUUUGUGUCAGUUUUUCUUCCUUUCCAGGGACCUCUGUGCAAGUGUGCCCAUGCGUGACAUACACAAAUAAAAUGCAUGAGGGCAUACACUCUCCUUUCAAGUUUUGGCCGUCUCUCAUUCUCUCUCUUGACGUCUGCAUUAACAUGCAUGUGCACUAACCUUACUGAAAUUGCCAAACUGCCUUUGAAAGCCUAGUAUGUGAAUGAGGGUGUAACUAUAAGUACCAUUUGAAAUUGCACAAUUGUCAUUAUGCUGUCUGCUUCCCACUGCAUUGAAUCCCUUAUCACUUCCUCUGCUCUCUGCCUACAGCAUAGGUUCUGGUAUUGAAAGCUGUUCUGGUGAUAACUUCCCUAUUUGGGCUUGUGACUUACAUACAACCAUUCAGAAGUGAAGAAUUUUAUACGAAGGACGGACAUUUGUUUGGAGUGAGGAAGCCACCUUAUUAUGCCUGUUUGAUCGGAAGUUCUGAACGGCACUUUAUCCCUUGGCUUUCCUUCAAUAAUUUGUUUUUCGUUUUAAGAUAAAGAUGAUAUAAUUUUAAGGCUUUUAUCAGUUUCAGUUUAGUGACCAAAAAAAUAGCUUCAGAUUUUUUUGGCUUUUUCCAUUUUUCUUUUUAAUAGUACCGAACCCUGUAGUAGUGGAAGUCUAACUUCCACGACCCUUAAAUACAAAACCUAUGCGGAUGGUAAUUUUAUCAAAUUUAUUAAGUGAUUAUCGUUAGAUGUUAUGAUAUUAUUAAUAAUAAAUUGUUUUGAUUUUU